GGAAGAUGGAAAAAAAAGGGAUAGAAAUUAAGAUUGCAAAUAAGAUUGGAAUUGUCGGAAAAGUACCUGCAAAAAAAGAAUGCCCUUCUCCCGCCCUGGACACCGGUCACCAGGCAAGAUCCUCUGAAGGCCGUACCUGCAGCAGAGGCAGAAAAAAAUAAAUCAGCGAUGGAGAAGAAACAGGUGACAGCACAAGACAUUCUGAAGGCCUUGCAGGAAAAGAAAGAGCAGGAAAGAAAGGAAAUGGAGGAAAAAGCCAAACAGGAAGCCCUACUUAAUGUGAUGGAGAUUCCAAUCCCAGAGAUGCCAAGCAAGGAAGAGGAAAAACCAGGAGUUACGCAGGACACAAAUCCCGAUCUCAGCUCUAUACAGAUUCCGGUCAAAGAGAUGCCAAGCAUGGAGGAGGUGGAGAAGCAGGACUCCACGUCUGGCCUCGCUGCUACAGAGAUUCCUGUCCCAGAGAUGCCAGGGAAGAAGGAGGACAAAUUCAGAGGGACACAGGAUGCAAUAUCUGACCUUGAUUCAAAACAGAUUCCCAUCCCAGAGGUACCAAGUAAGGAGGCCAAGCCUGCAGAUAAACAGGACUUACUACCUGACUUGAGCUCAAUACCAGUACCCAGUCCUCAAAAAACAGAAAAUUCAGUGCUAAAUGAGGACAAGAAUGUAAAAAGUGACUCUUGUGAUAUAAACAUUAUGGAUAGUAAACAAGAUUUAGAAAACAUUGUUAUGCCAGAGUCCAUACAAACUACAGUGGAGAAAAGCCAGAGUGAUCCAGGUCAAAAGACGAAGCAAGAAGAUACGCUGAAAGGACAAACGGAACUAAAUCUAGAUGAAAAUAAGACACUUAAGGCUGAAAUCAGCAUGUCAGGUGAUGUUCAGAAUGUAGGAGAGGUUAAAUGUCUACAGGAGAAGAAUUCUAUAGCAGUUAACAAAAAAUCACAAGAAGACAAUCAGACCUCUGUAGCUGAGAUGUCAAUUAGUAGCACAGCUGUCGAAGUCACUCAGACCGUAAGUAUAUCGGAAAACACAGGAGACAACGUGGUAAAGGAAGAUUCGAACCAGGAGAAACACACAGCAGUUGAAGUCACCCAGACUAUUAGUGUUUCAGAGGUCAAUGUGUCAGAAAAUGUUAAAGACAACACAGAGAAGGAAGAUUCGAACCAAGAACCACAGACCUGCGAGUCAGAAGAUGUAGCUAAUGAUGAAGACGAUGAUAAGACCAUAAUAGACGAUGAAGAUACAAUGGACAAUGAUGAUGUGUUAGAGAUAAGUGACGACGACACUCGAGAUGGCGAGUACAACGAGACCAUGAGGGUGUCCCAGCGGGCGCGGUGUCGGCCGAUCGAGGACGUUAUCGAGGUCAGUAUGGGUAGCCUUGGUGACGUCGUGGAGGUCGCGGUGGGGGGUGAGGACGACCAGGACCUGGAGGGCGAUAUAGAGUGCGAUGUCGACCAGCUGUACGGGGUGAUAGGAGGAGAGUCAGAAAAUCUGGACGACGUCUUGUCUGUAGGGCAGGACCGGGGAGGGGCGGGGUGCUUCUCGGAGCUGGGGGUGAAACCGAUGGAUGUCGAGGACGUGACCGACGGGGGAGGGAUGAACGAUGAGGAGGUGGGGAACAUCGUGGACGAACUGAUGCACAGCAACGGCAUAGAAAGUGGUCUGAAGGAGUGGAUGUCUAGUUUUGAUCAAGAGAGCAUCCUGAGUGGUACGAUGGGCAGCGACUUCGAGGUCGUGGACGAGUGUGAAGAGGAAACGUGAGACGAGAACCGUGUCAUGAUUAAAAAGAUUGUUAUGGGGAUAUGCGUGACAAUAAAUGUGGUAUAAUUGUUACUAUGUAUAUGUUGGCGGUGACUUCGAGGAUGUAGAUGAGUGAUGUAGUGAGACAAUUUCCAUGGUAUAGUUGUGAAAAUGUACAUGGUACUGAUGGCAAUGUCUUUGAGAUUGUAGAAGAGUGCAGUGGGGAAAUAUGAGGCCAUAAGUGUGGUAAAAUUGUGAAAAUGUACAUGGGAGUGACUUUUGGGUUUUAGAUGAAAUUAACGAAGACACUUGAGAUGAUAACCAUGAUAUAAUUGUUACAGUGUUAGAUGUCGGCAUCCACGAUGACUGUUGCGGAAAGAUGUGAACAUUUAAUCGUGGUAUAAUUAUUGUCAGCCGUGAAGUUGAAGAUCUCAGUGUUUUGUUUGUUAGGUCUUGUGUUGUGAUGACUAGACAUGACAGAAAGCCAUUUUAGGAUUACUCUAUCAAAGCUCUGGAGAUGAAUGUUUGUGUUGAUUUGUGAGUUUAUAGGAUAAAGACGCAUCAUGUCUAUUUUGUUCCAAGUUGUUAAGUUUUUAUAAACUAUUCUAUAAACUUGAAAGUAUGCACUUUUUUUUCAAAUCAGUGCUUCAUUAAAAUCUAUGAAUGGCAGUUGUGUUGAAUGAUUUGAAAUUACAAAUGCCAUUUUUUACAUUGAUCAUAUAAAUCAUUUUCAUUAUCUUCAUUUUGCAUGUUAUACCAGAAAUCCAUGAUACAUGUAAUGAUUAUCAUUGUUUUCUAUUAAAAUCAUAUC